GCGGAUUCGGAGGUACCCGGCGUUCCCGGGAUCUGGCGAGCGGUUCUGGAGCACCAGGUGUGACCUCUGACCCGGGACAAAGGAUUCGCGGAACGGAACGGAGUGAGAAAGGGCCUUCUUGGCUCGGGAACUUGGGGUCACGGGGUCCUAUGCCAUCACCAUUCCUCCUGCGGGAUUCCCCCAUCGCCCCAUGACUCAGCCCUGGAACUUCCUGCUCCUCCUCUACGAGACCGUCCCCACGCCAGGAUGUUCCGCCGGGAGCACUCCAUCCCGCUUCGAGGCUCGGCUGCCGCCCUGUGCAACAACCUCAGUGUGCUGCAGCUGCCCACUGGGAACCUCAGACAUUUUGGGGUGGUUCAUGGGCCCAGCGCCCAGCUCCUCAGCGCUGCCCCUGAGGAUGGGUCCUUGGUCCAGCGCCAGCUCCAGGCUAAGGAGGGCGCUGGAGUGAGCCCCCCUCUCAUCACUCAGGUCCACUGGUGCGUCCUCCCCUUCCGGGUACUGCUGGUUCUCACCUCACACCGAGGAAUACAGAUGUUCGAGUCUGAUGGCUCCAUCAUGGUGUACUGGCAUGCCCUGGACACUGGAGAUGCCCCUCCAGUACAGGCUGUGUUUGCCCGGGGAAUUGCUGCCAGCGGCCAUUUCAUCUGUGUGGGAACAUGGUCAGGGCGGGUGCUGGUGUUUGACAUCCCAGCCAAGGGUCCCAACAUCAUGCUGAGUGAGGAGCUGGCGGGGCAUCAGACGUCAAUCACAGACAUCGCCACUGAGCCUGUCCAGGGAGGGGAUUGUAUGGCAGACGUGGUGACAGCGGAUGACUCGGGCUUGCUGUGUGUGUGGCGGUCAGGGCCUGAAUUCACGUUAGUGACCCGCAUUCCGGGAUUUGGGGUGCCCUGCCCCUCUGUGAAGCUGUGGCAGGGGAUUGUAGCAGCAGGCUAUGGGAAUGGGCAAGUGCGUCUGUAUGAGGCCAUGAAAGGAACACUUCACGUCCAGAUCAGCGCCCACGCCCGGACCAUCUGUGCUCUGGACCUAGCUCCGGAGGUGGGGAAGCUACUCUCUGCAGCCGAGGACACCUUUGUGCACAUCUGGAAACUGAGCAGAAGCCCAGAGAGUGGCUCCAUUGAGGUGGAACACUGUCACGGGGAGUGUGUAUCCAACACCCAGCUGUGUGGGGCUCGAUUCUGUGAUCCCUCCGGCAGCUCCUUUGCUGUGACUGGCUACGACCUCGCCGAGAUCCUGAGGUUCAGCAGUGUGUGAGAAGAGCAGCCUCCCUUUCUCCUUGUGGUAUUUAUAAAGUAUCCCCUCCACCUGG